AUGAUGGCAGCUCUGGUAUGUACAGCUCUUUUUGCAGGACUGACGCUCAGUGCACCGUUUCGAACUCGACAAUACGGUAAUGGCUCGAACUUGCCACCCUUGAGAUUCAGAGUAGAUGGGACGUUCCAGCUCUCGAUCUUCGAGGACCUGCACUUCGGCGAGAAUGCAUGGGAUCCAUGGGGACCACAGCAAGACAUCAACAGCGUCAAGGUGAUCAACAAAGUGCUUGAUGCUGAGCCCAAGACGCAGCUUAUCGUAUUAAAUGGUGAUCUGAUCACGGGUGAGAACGCAUAUCUAGGCAAUGCUACCGUCAAAAUCGACCAAAUCGUCGCUCCUUUAGUGCAGCGUGCGCUGACUUGGGCAUCCACUUACGGCAAUCACGACAGCUCUUACAACCUCUCCCGCGAAGGUAUCCUCGCUCGAGAGCAUCAAUGGCCCGGUGCUCGGACUGCCAAUAUGGUGCAAGGAGGUGAAGCGGGUGUGUCGAACUACUACCUACCCGUCUAUCCUUCUUCAGGUGCUGAUGAGCCUUGCCUCAUAUUAUGGUUUUUCGACAGUCGCGGCGGCUUCCUGUACCAGCAACGAAAUGCCUCUGGCGAUCUCAUCGGUCAGGCGGAUUGGGUAGACAAAAGUGUAGUUGACUGGUUUACGAUCGUGAACGCCGGAUUCGUCGCCACCUACGGCAAGACCAUCCCGUCUCUGGCCUUUGUGCACAUCCCAACGAAUGCUUCGCAAGCUUUGCAGACGGAAGCUAAGGUCGAUCCCAAUCAUCAGCCGGGCAUCAACGACGACUAUAUUCUCGCCGGGCAAGCUCAGGGCUGGUGCGCAGAUGGUGCCAACACAUCGGAUUGUGUCUACGGCGGUCAGGAUGUUCCUUUCAUGCAGGCGCUCACUUCCACGCCAGGCUUGAUCGGCGUGUUCUCCGGCCACGACCAUGGUGACACGUGGUGCUACAAGUGGGACAAACUCCUACCUGGCAUGACCGUCAAAGGCAACGGUAUCAACUUAUGCUUUGGCCAACACACUGGCUACGGAGGCUAUGGCAACUGGAUCAGAGGUUCUAGGCAGGUCUUGAUCUCGGAAGCUAUGCUCCAGAACCUCGAGGCCGAAACGUGGAUCCGUCUCGAAAGUGGCGACGUCGUGGGGAGUGUCAACCUCAAUGCUACCUACAAUGAGGAUGUUUAUCCCGUCACGCCGAACACGAAGACCUCUUGCCCGACGUGCAAUUACACUAUCAUCACAAAUAUGCCUGGCACAUAG